AUGGGUCAGACCCUUUCCGAGCCUGUUGUCGAGAAGACAUCGGCUCGCGGCGAAGAUGAUCGUCUCCUUUACGGAGUUUCUGCUAUGCAAGGAUGGCGGAUUAGUAUGGAGGAUGCACACACCACUAUUCUCGACCUACUAGCCGGCGCGAAAAGCAAUGACGCGAAGGCGCACGCCUCCCGACUUUCGUUCUUUGGGGUAUUCGACGGACACGGUGGUGACAAGGUCGCCCUUUUCGCCGGCGAGAACAUCCAUCGCAUCGUGACGAAGCAGGAAGCGUUUAAGUCUCAAAACUACGAGCAAGCGCUGAAGGACGGUUUUCUCGCCACAGACGCCGCGAUUCUGAAGGACCCGAAGUAUGAAGAUGAGGUUUCUGGCUGUACGGCGUGCGUGGGCUUAAUUACCGACGAUAAAGUUUACAUUGCCAACGCCGGUGACUCGAGAGGCGUAAUUGGCAUCAAGGGACGUGCGAAGCCACUCUCUCAGGACCACAAACCCCAACUUGAAACCGAGAAGAAUCGUAUCACCGCCGCUGGUGGCUUCGUCGAUUUCGGCCGAGUCAACGGAAACCUUGCACUAUCUCGCGCCAUUGGAGAUUUCGAGUUCAAGAAGAGCGCUGAGCUCCCACCGGAGGAACAAAUUGUCACAGCCUUCCCCGAUGUGGACGUUCACGACCUUACCGACGAUGAUGAAUUCCUCGUUCUCGCUUGUGAUGGUAUUUGGGACUGCCAAUCUUCUCAGGCGGUUGUCGAAUUCGUCCGCCGUGGCAUUGCUGCUAAGCAAGAUCUCGACAAGAUCUGUGAGAACAUGAUGGACAACUGCCUCGCUUCGAACUCAGAGACCGGAGGAGUCGGUUGCGAUAACAUGACCAUGAUCAUUGUUGGGUUCCUCAGGGGCCGCACCAAGGAGGAGUGGUAUGAGGAGGUUGCCCGCCGAGUGGCUAACGGAGAUGGACCUUGCGCCCCCCCUGAAUACGCUGAAUUCCGUGGCCCAGGCGUUCAUCACAACUUCGAUGAUAGUGAUAGCGGGUACGAUAACACGGACUUGGAGCAACGGACUGCCCGAUCUCUGGGUCUAGCUGGCUUCCCAGGUCGCGUAAUCUUCCUCGGCGACGGCACCGAAGUUCACCCCAACUCUUCAGACGACUCCGAUAUGGUUGACCAAAUGGAGGAGGACAAAGACUUGGAGAGCCAAGUUACGAAAGGCGAGAAGACAGACGUAGUCACGGGCGGUAGUAAGGAGACGACCGACAGUGAGAAGGCAACCAACGCCGAGAAACCCAAGGCGGACGAUGUUAAGAAGGAUUGA